AGUCCAGUUUACUGAUACCGAAUGUUCAACAGCUGACAUUAAACGUCUAGCGACCUCUAACGUCAAAAUAAUCGAAUUUUUAAUGUGUCUUAUCAAAAGGAGACCCUUGGUUUGCCUAUUCAAAUAAAAUGAGUUCAGGAGAAUGUGCCGGGUUAGUAGUUUCAAGGAGUUGUGCGGUUUGUGGACUUAAACAAAAUUUACUGAGGUGUUCGCGUUGUAAAGUAACUUGUUAUUGUAGUAAGGAUCAUCAGUUACAAGAUUGGAAAAAGCAUAAGCCAAUCUGUAAGAGACUUCGAAUAUCUGAUUCCACUGUGGAAAAUAAAUACGGACAUAUAGUGGAGAAUUCAGAACAUAAAGAUAUUUUACCAAUAGAAGGCAGCUCAGAAAAUGAAAUAUUAAGCUCUGUAGCUGAACAGUUAGCACCAAAUAACAAUUAUCAACUGACAUCUACUGAGAAAUCUUUAAAUUUUGUUAAUAUAGCUAUGCCUAUUAGUGGAAGUAAUGUUGUUCAGUCCAAACAUAAAACUCUUAAAGAUUUUCCAGAGAUUUCCUUAAGUCAGUCUACAAGUCUUGAAAAUGAUGUAUAUCUAGAAGAAACAUGCAGAAAUGUUAUAGAGGACAUGAGUGACUAUGGACUUUGUGUUAUAGAUAAUUUUCUUGGUGCUGAAAGAGGUAAGAAUGUCUUGGCUGAAGUGUUAAACAUGGAAAAUCAAGGUGUGUUCAGAGACGGACAGUUAGUAUCAUCUAAAGGUUCAGGUGAAGACAGUAAAACUAUAAGAAGUGACCAGAUCUGUUGGGUGCACGGUAAGGAACCCAACUGCCCAAAUAUAGGACACCUUGUUAGUAAAGUAGACUCUGUGAUCACUAGAGCUAACAAAAUGGAUAAAACUGGACAUUUAUCAAGAUAUAAUAUCAAUGGGAGAACGAAGGCAAUGGUUGCAUGUUACCCAGGUUACGGAUCUCAUUAUGUAAAACACGUAGAUAAUCCCAAUAGGGACGGUAGAUGCUUAACAGCUAUAUAUUACCUUAACCUUAACUGGGACGUACAAAGAAACGGAGGACUAUUAAGGAUAUUCCCGGAAGGAUGGAGGGAAGAUAAGGUUGCCGAUAUUGAACCUCAAUUUGAUAGACUGUUGGUGUUUUGGUCAGAUAGAAGGAAUCCGCAUGAAGUUCAACCCGCAUAUAAUACACGAUAUGCUAUUACGUUAUGGUAUUUUGAUGCAGAAGAAAGAGCAGAAGCGCUUAGGAGAUACGAAAGGGAACGGAAAACCUUGAGCCUGCCCAAAUGACUAGUUACCUAUUGUUACAUACAAAAGAGAAGAUACAUUUAUACAUAUAGAAAAUAGUUUGCUAUUACGUCCCUUUGUACAUAUUGUGAAUUUUAUAUGAAUAUAAGAUAAUACUUUGUAAGAUGAAAGUGUGAUAUUUAAAAUAAUUCAAAUCUCUUAGCCAUUGCAACUUGCUAAAUAAAUAUAUACAGACUAUCGUAUUAUGAUUCUAUGUUUUUAAUUGUACAUUAUCAUGCUAUGUAAUAGUUAUAAAAACAUCAGAUUUCAUAUAAUUACUAAUAGGAUAUGGGGACAAAAAAUUGUUCAUUUUAUUCAAUGAAUUUUAGAAGUUGACAUACUGACUAAAGCAAAACUUUGUAAUGGCUUUCAACAACUUUCUCAACUUGAAGACAAUACAAAUUUGUGACUAUACUUUAUUUCACGUUAAGAAUAGAACAUUGCGAAGAUAGCCCCAUGCAUUUCUUAUGAACGAUAGAAGCGCGCCGAUGCCACGCCGUACUGAUUAAAAUGAAUCGUAUAUCGGCGGUCGAGUAGCCACCCGUGCCCGGGAGGUUUGUCAACACUGAUCUCCAUAAGCGUAACGCUCUAUUCUUAACGUGAAAUAAAGUAUAGAUAUUCUUCAAAUUUGGGAAAAUUAUAAUUACUUUAUCACCUUACUGAUAAAAUCAUUAUAUAAAGUAUAUUUAGUUCUAAGCCGUUUUUAAUUUAGAUUUGCAGUUUAUAAAUGUGAUAAAUUGUGCAAUUAAGGCUUUAGUUAAAAUUGGAGCCUAUUUUUUGUUAAAUUUAUGUCUACACUUUCAGUUAGGUUCAGCAAUAUUUAUUUAAAUUUCUUUAUUUAGCAUGCCCUUCAAUAAAUACACAUUAUAUUCUUCUAAAUGUGUAUUAUAGCACACAUGUUAGUAAACAAAUUCUUAUUGUAAAAAUUGCAACUGGAAUUUUUUUUCUGUGCAUCAUUUAUUUAAUUUCUGUUAUCAAAUUUAGUACGAUAUUUUUCAUUUAUUUCAUGUUCCAUAUUUUCACCUAAAGGACCCCGCACAAACCUUAAGGAAAAUAGGUCCCAGUGGAUUUCGUUUAUACUUUGGGAAAAUACUCUUUGAAGCAUCCUGAUAAAAAGUUCUCAUGGGCACAACUCAAUGGUAUGAAGGAUUUUCAAGAUAUAGAGGCCCAAACUCGGAAAAUUAUAAGAUUUACGGGGUGUUCCAAUUCCGUGAGUUACUGGUUAUUUGGCAACAUGUAGAAGUUUGGAUCAAGGAAAAGUACUAGUAAUCUAGGAUUUUUUCCUGGCUAUCCAAUGGCGACCUUUACUUUGACCUUGGCCUUCAACGGGCGUCAUCUUCUAGAGUUUCGAGGGUUUUCGGCAUUCAAUUGAUAUAAACAGAUUACUCAUGGGUUUUUGGGAUCGCUAAACACGAAUAUGCCAUCAGAAUUGUCCUCCGGAUGACAUGGUGGGCAGAGCCUCUGCAAGGGACGUCAUCUUCUAGAGUUUCGAUGGUUUUUGGCAUUUAAUUGAUGCAAAUGAAUUACUGGAGGUUUUUUUGAGGUCGCUAAACACGAAUAUGCCACCAGAACCGAUUCCCGGAGCACCUGGUUUCCAAGGUCAAUUAAAGGGGCUCCUGGAGUUUCGAGAGUCUUUGGUACUACAUUAAUGCAAACGGAUUAGUUAUAGGUUUUUGGGGUUGCUGAACACGAAUACGUGAUCAGCACAGACACAGGAGCACCUGGUGCCUAAGACAAGUUAUCUUCUGGAGUUUCGAAGGAAUCAAAUGGAUUACUCUUAGGUUUUGGGGUUGCCGAACAUGGAUACAUGCGUACUACCGAACAUGCACUAUGGCACGUCAUCUUCUGGACUUUCGAGGUCCUUUAUACCGUUUUCAAAGUCAAAAAUAUUAAUACAAUAACUAUGUUGUGCUCUUCAAUUGUUUUAAUUAUUUAUAAAAAAUAUAAACUCAAUUUAUAUCUGACAAUGUUUUUCCUUCAUUUAUUUUAAUAUCAUUUACUACAUUCUAUUUUGAUAGUGGUAUUCAUCGUGGCCACUAGAUACUCCAGAGUCUUUUAUUUAAGUCAUAUUCGUGUUCAGCAACCCCAAAAACACAAGAGUAAUCCGCUUGCAUAAAUUUAGUACCGAAAACUCUCAAAACCCCAGAAGAUGACGUGCCUUAGGCACCAGGUACCCCGGUGUCUGUCCUGAUGGCGUAUUUGUGUUUAGCAGCCCCAAAAACUAAUGAGUAAUACUCAUCUGCAUCAAUUUAAUGCCGAAACCUGUCGAAACUCCAGAAGAAGACCUGCCUUAGGCACCAGGUGCUCCGUGGAUCGGAUAUGAUAUCGAAUUCACGUUCAGCAGCGCCAAAAACCGAAAGCUCUCGAAUCUCCAAAGCAUGACGUGCCUUUGGCACCAGGUACUCCGAUAUCUGUUCUGAUGGGGUAUUCGUGUUCAGCAACUCCAAAAACCUAUGAGUAAUCCGUUUGCAUCAAUGUAGUACCAAAGGCCCUCGAAACUCCAGGAGCCCCUUUCAUUUACCUUGAAAACCAGGUGCUCCUGGAGUCGGUUCUGGUGGCAUAUUCGUGUUUAGCGACGUCAAAAAACCCUGCAGUAAUUCAUUUGCAUCAAUUAAAUGCCGAAAACCAUCAAAACUCUAGAAGAUGACGUCCCUUGCAGUGGCCCUGGCCAUCACGUCAUCCGGAGGUCAAUUCUGAUGGCAUAUUCGUGUUUUGCGAUCCCAAAAACCCAUAAGUAAUCUGUUUAUAUCAAUUUAAUGCCAAAAACCCUCGAAACUCUAGAAGAUGACGUCCGUUGAAGGUCAAGGUCAAAGUAAAGGUCGCCAUUGGAUAGCCAGGAAAAAAUCCUAGACUACUAGUACUUUUCCUUGAUCCAAACUUCUACGUGUUGCCAAAUAACCAGUAACUCACGUAAUUGGAAUACCCCGUAAAUCUUAUAAUUUUCCGAGUUCGGGCCUCCAUAUCUUGAAAUUCCUUCAUACGAUUGAGUUGUGCCCAUGAGAACUUUUUAUCAGGAUGCUUCAAAGAGUAUUUUCCCAAAGUAUGAACGAAAUCCACUGGGACCUAUUUUCCAUAAGGUUUGUGCGGGGUCCUUUCUACUAGUUUUAUAAUGACUUAUUUUUUGCAUGUCCAUUUUCUUGAUUUUUUUAAGUUCGUUUUUUAUCUUUCUGUUAGUCUAAUCUGUGAUUAUUAAAAUUAAACUUUAAAAUAUAGUUCUAAGACUAGGAAAUUACUUUAUAGAUUUCACUUAAACCCUUUUUAUCAUUUUACUGUAUUUUGUGCAUGGGCUGUUAGAAUAUUUUAAUAUAUUCUUGACUUUAUUCAGUACAUUUAUAACAUUUUUUGGAAUACUAGAAUUCCCAAAUCUUAAUAUUCCAAAUAUUAGUAAUAAUGAUCCAAUAAUCUGGUAAGCUAUCUAGUAGGUUAAACUUAUGUUGAACAUUGCUAUAACUUUCAAACUGAUAUUCGUUAUCACAUCUUUUUUUGCCUUGUCCUGCUGCCAAUGAUAAUAUGAAUUUCUUGUGUCGUAUAAUCAUAUUCAGUAUCUUGUUUUGAAGCUAUUUUUUUGUGGCAUCUUAAUGCAAUUUUCUAGUUGUAUUGUGAAUAGGCCACAAUGUUACUUUAAAAUAAGUUUAUUUGUCAUUUCGAUUUUGACUUCGGAAAUGGUUCGACGGAUAUUGUUAAGUUGAUUUCGUAUAAUCAAAUGAACCAUCACUCAAAAUUAUUGACAGUAUCAUUUUAAAGUCAUCUACUCUAAAAUGUAUAAGUGUCAGAAUUGUCAAUAUGAAUGAAUCAGAUAAAAUUAAAUUAUUAGACGAAUUUUUUCACCCAGUAACAAAAACAAAUUUUCAAAUUUGUUUUAGUUUAUUUGUUUUGUAUUUUGAGAACAAUUUCCGAAGUGGAAAUCGAAACGUCAAAUAAACUUAUUUUGAAGUAAAGUUGUGGCUUAUGCUCAAUAAAAAUAGUAAAUUAUAUUCGAUAUGUUACAAAAAAUUGAAAUUAAUUGGAACAAAAAUCAAUUGAAUUAUGUACUAUUGUUCUCUUUAAAUAUAGAAUAAAUAAUAAAAAUGAUAUAUUAGUAAUUCGCAGCGCAUUUGACUCGUAAGCUUUAGUCAAGUAAUUUUUUGAUCCCAUAUCCAUAAUAUAAAACCAAAAAGUUACCCGAACAUUGUAUCUAUUUUUAAUAGUGAUAAAUGUAUGUCUUUAAAGUUUAUAAAGAUUUAUUUAUAUAAGCAAUACUCAAUAUUUGGUGGGAAUAAAGAUAUUAGCAAUUAAGUGGAAAACAGCUUAUAAUAUUUAUUUAUAAGCCAUAUUUUUAUUUCAGUUUUCGUAGCGUGUAAUAGCCACAUUGUUUCAUUGUGCAGAAAUCUGUCCAAUAUCCAUCCUUCGAAAUUUAUUUUAUUUAGCGAAUGGCAAUUUAAUACACAACAUAUUACAGUUUAACAUCCAAGUAUUUAUCUGAUGCACAGGGUGUUAUUUCACAUAAAAAGCUGGCCAAAACGAAAAUUUCAAAAGGUAUCAUUUCGAGCCGAUUCUUAUCCCUAAAACAGGUAGUUAUAUUGAUGUCAUCUAGCACUGUCACCUCGCCUAAUACCUGACCAAACAAGUUUGACAGCUGUCAUUUCGUAACAUAUUUUGACUACGUGUUAACAUAUUUCGUAACAUAUUUUGACUAGUUGUGAGAUUUUGCCACACUUUUUUGUAUGAUUUGCGAUUUCUUUAUUAUAAUUUAAGUCAUUUUUGGAAAAGGGACUUACAAUUAUUUUGGGAAUCAAAAUUAAUCCAAUCUUUUGUAUAUAAUUUUCAAUAUAAACGAAUGUUUUUAUUUAAUCUCUACUCAUCUAUACUGCAUAAGAGAUAUUUCAUUAUAAAGAUUAGAUUUAUAUUAAGCAGUUUUCAAAGUUUUCUCGAAAUUAAAUAAAACCGAAUAGUCCAGAGAAAUAAGAUUUUUCUCGUGACACAUCCCCCUCCAGGCCGAAACCAAAUUUUUUGAGUAGUAUGGACAUCUAUAUUAAUAACCUUUAUGUUUCCUGCAGCCGAUUUUGAUGAUAUACAUAGUUAUAAACAAAUGAAGAUCAAAAAACGGUAAAUUUUCGCUUUUUUCGUCUAUAACAAGUUAAGCAAUUUAAACAAAUUUGAGAGUAAGAAACUCAUACAUCGUCUAAAAAAUUUCAAUAUGGCGUUCGCUGAAUAUGUCUAUCCUUAUUGGUUGCUUACAAUUGGUUUUUAUAAAUAUUCAUACCUUAUGUAAAAAUUAACUUAGAAUCUUCUUAUUACCCGAAUUGCUGAGACUUCUGGUGCUUAAAUUAUAUUUUAAAUUUCAAAGCAAUUGGUCAGAAAGUUUAAAAGUUAUUUAGUUUGUUUAUCCCAAAUUCAUUUUUUUUUGCAACACUAUAAGUCAGAAAAUUAUGAGGUUACAGUAAGACUUCUGACAGUUUAUGGAAGAAGAACAUUUAUACUAUUAACUUAAUUAAAAAAAAAAUAACAAAAAGUAAUUUUAAACAGUGUAAAAUUAUUUUGCAAAAACACGUCGAUUUUUUGCUUACUUAUAAACAAUUAGAAUAACUUUUUAACCGUUACGCGUAGAAAAAUUAUUUUUUCAUAUUUGGAAAAACUGAAUUUUUAUACACAUUCAGAAAGAAAAACAAUUGUCCUAGGACAAUUAUUUUUGCAAAAUAAUUUUGCAGUAUUUAGAAUUAUUUUUUGUCAUUUUUUUUUUAAUUAAAUUAAUAGUAUAAAACUUCUUCUUUCAUAAACUGUCCAAAGUAUUAGUGUAACUUCAUCAUUUUCUGACUUGUAGCGUUGCAAAAAAAAUUAUUUGGGAUAAACAAAUUAAAUACCUUUAAAACUAUUUGACCAAUUGCUUUGAAAUUUAGGGUAUGAUUUAAGCACCAGAAGUCUCAGCAUUCCGUGUAAUAAGAACAUUCUAAGUUAAUUUUUACAUAAGUUAUGAAUAUUUAUAAAAACUCAAAAUUUAUGAUUUAUUUUGCAAUUUUCUAAGCAACCAAUAAGGAUAGACAUAUUCAGCGAACGCCAUAUAAGUUUUUUUAUACGAUUUAUGAGUUUCUCACUCUCAAAUUUGUUUAAAAUACUAAACUUUCUGGUUAUAGACGAAAAAAGCGAAAAUUUACCGUUUUUUGAUCUUCAUUUGUUUAUAACUAUGUAUAUCAUCAAAAGCGGCUGCAGGAAACAUAUAGGUUAUUAAUAUAGAUGUCCAUACUAAUCAAAAAAUUUGGUUUCGGUCUGGAGGGGGUUGUGUCACCAACAGGAUAUUUUUUCCCUUAUUUCUCUGAACUAGAAAUACUGUGGCUAGUACAAGCUGAUUUAUGAAUUUGUUAUUAAACACCACGCAUCCAAAUGUACAAAAAUAUUUGAAAAAAAAAUAGCACUGAUGUUUUUUGACCAGUACUUUGAAUUUAAAAUAACUGGAACCUUCUAUUAGUAGUUUAUAUCGAAAGUAAUCAUUAUCGGGGUUAAUUUUAACUUCCUUCAAUUAUUUUUUUUAUUUUUCAUUGAAUUUUUUUUUCGUUUUUAUUAUUCCUUGAAUUCGCAUUAAUUACUAUAUUUAUAAUUAAGAGGAUGAUAUUUAUAUAGGUAUAUAUUGAAUUCAAAUUUUAUACCUGAAAAUCAUGGAAUCUCUUUCGCAUGGUUUCGGUAAUAAAAAUUACUUUAAUAUUAUGUUUUAUAAUAGUAUGUUUCAUAAAAUUAAUAAAAUAAGUUUUAUUACUGAAACAAUGCGGAAAAGGUAGAUAUUUAAUGAUUUUCAGGUAUAAAAUUUAAAUUCAAUAUAUGCGUACAUAAAUAUCCUACCUUUAAUUAUAAAUAUGGGAAUUAAUGCGAAUUAAAAAAUAAUAAAAAUGCAAAAAAAUAUUUUUACGAAAGAUAAAAAGAUAAUUGAAGAAAAUUAAAAUUAACCAAGAUAAUGGUUACUUCCGUUAUAAACGGAAGUGCUAGAAGGUUUAAGUUAUUUUAUAUUCAAAGUGCAGGUCAAAAAAACAUAGUGAUACUUUUUUCAAAUAUUUUUGUACAUUUGGAUGCAUGGUGUUUAAUAACAAAUUCAUAAAUCAGCUUUGGCAGCACAAUCGAUCAGGAAUUCAGGGGGUAUGCCAUCCAUUCCAGGGACGUUGCCAGGUUUAAUGUCUUUGAUAUAUUUGAUACCAUUUCUUCUGGUGUAAUCGAUAUACAGGGUGAGGCAGAUAACUGGCCUAUUAGAAAUAUCUCGAAAACUAAAGGCAACAGAAUCAUGAAAAUUGGAAUACAGGGGUUUUGACGGAUGAUCUAUUAAAUGAAAAUAUUUUCAUCUCUUUGCAACUUCCGGUUAUACCGGAAGUUGCUUAUAACUUCGUUUUUUUAAAUGGGACACCCCGUAUAUUUUUUACAUUUUUGGAUUCUCUUCGAUGUCUUCUUUCUUAAAAUAUGAGGAUUUGUAAUGUUAUACAGGGUAUUUUAAAAGAUAAUUACGUUUUUUUAUUAAAUUCGUAGCAAUUUUCACACCCUGUAGAAUUGUAGUAGUUUGACAACUAAAACUCUACUUACCUUCAAAUGAUUUUUAAUAUAGUCUACUAUUGUUAAGAAUCAUUAGUAUAGCUAAAUUUUUAAUUUUAGUAUACAUGGUUGGUCGAAACUCGGAAUGAGUAUUUUCUGAGUUUUCUUAAAUAAAAUAGUAUUUUAGUAUUGUAAUGAAAUGAUAUUUUUUGGUACUUUUUUUAUUUCUUAAGCAUUCCCUAUACCUAACUGCUUUAAUUUGUGCUUAAUUGUUAGUCGCACCAACAAUCUUAACUACGUAGGUACUUUGAUAGCUAACCCAUUAUUGGUAAUUUUAAGGAUCAGUCUGGAUUAAUAUGUAUUUAUUUCUGAAAAAUUAUUUGUGAUUGAAUAUUUUCACGGCCAACCUAAUAAAAUUUUACGUAUUAUUUGUUGCAAUUAAUGUUUAGAUUGAAUCACCAAUAACUCACAAAUUAAAGCAGUUAGGUAUAGGGAAUACUUAUAAAAUAAAAAAGUACUAUAAAAUAUAAUUUCAUUACAAUACUAAAAUACAGGGUGUUCUAUUUAAGAAAACUCAGAAAAUAUUCAUUCCGAGUUUCGACCAACCCUGUAUACUUAAAUUUCAAAAUUAGCUAUACUAAUGAUUCUUAACAAUAAUAGACUAUAUUAAAAAUCACUUGAACGUAAGCAGAGUUUUUAAUGUCAAACUGUUACAAUUCUACAGGGUGUGAAUGUUGCUACGAAAUUAAUAAAAAAACGUAAAUAUCUUUUAAAAUACCCUGUAUAAUGUUACAAAAUCUCAUAUUUUAAAAAAGAAGAUAUUGAGGAGAAUCCAAAAAUGUAAAAAUAUACAGGGUGUCCCAUUUAAAAAAACCAAGUUAUAAGCAACUUCCGGUAUAACCGGAAGUUGCAAAGUGAUGAAAAUAUUUUCAUUUAAUAGAUCAUCCCUCAAAACCCCUUUAUUCCAAUUUUCAUGAUUCUGUUGCCUUUAGUUCUCGAGAUAUUUCUAAUAGGCCAGUUAUCUGCCUCACCCUAUAUAGUACUCUUAAUUUAAUUUAAUGAGCAGGUAGCUGUUAGAUGUUCCAAUUUUUAUAGUAGUGGUAAAUUUUUUAUCACAUGCUCCUUUGGGGGUGGCAACUAUAUGUCAUGCGAUGUUAUUGGGAUUGAUGUCAUGAAUGUAUCGUGUUGCUGAUUUGUCACUUCCAAGUUUCCUUAGGAGCAACAUGGCCAGACUUAAGCCUAACAAUUCAACUUUAUCUAUAUUUCUCUUCGUGCUAUACUUACGUAUAAAUUUAAUAAUUACAAUUCCUCUAAAUUAAUUCAAAAUUAUGCAUUCAAACAUGAACUAAACUAAAUACUAUAAACUUCUUUUCAAUAUAAUCAACUAUUUUCAAUGAACUAUCUUUUAGUAAAGUCGUUCCAGGAACGCAACUCAUCAUUAUUGGCAAAAUCAUUUUUAAGUCUUCUAUUUUAAAAUGUAUAAUACAUGUCUGAAUUGCCGAUAUAAAUGAGUCUAAAUAAAUUAUUAGAAGAAUUUUUUACUAAGCAACAACAUUUUUGUUUAAUUUAGUAUUAUUUUGUAUUUUGACAACAACACCCGACUAGUGGGCGUCGAAACGUUAAUAAAAUCAUUUUUUUUGGUAAAAUUGUGGCUUAUUUCCCAUUGAAAAUAGUUGAUUAUAAAGAUGUCACAAGGAAAUAGCUUCAGAACAACUUUUCAAUAUAGUUUGAGUGUAAUGAGAGUUAGUAUGGACAUACAUUUGUUUAACUAUUACAUUCGUGAUAUAUCAAUGUCGUGAAUACUUUUCAUUUGUUUUAAUAAUAUAAUGUAGUAUUAAAUAAUAUUUCAUAACGGCAUGUAAAAUUUUACUAAGAACAAGAGAUUAUUUUGAUUACCUUUUAUGUAUGUAGCCGAAUAAAUAGAUAUACUGAACUAUUACAAUUUGUUAAUCUAAAUUAAAUUAUUAUUAAACAGAUUUUUUUAAAUUUGUGUUUAAGACUAAAACCAACGAAAUAUAAAUUAAUUACAAUCGUUAUUUUUAGUGCUUCCCCUAUUUUAAAGUUAUAUAUGUUACAGUUCAAGUUGAUUCUCAGUUAGAGUUGACUUUUCCUAGUUCGAGUCAACUCCAACUGAAGCGAGCAGUAAAAGUUGAUUUGAAAAAUUUAAAUCAACUUUUACUAGUUAAAGUUGACUCUUCCUAACUCUUGUUAGUCUAAGUAGAUUAUACAAUUUAUACGAGUAUAAUCUCAAGUGCAUUUUUGAUGAGUGUGCGUCUCUUUGUUUUGACCGUUUCAACUACUUAUUAGUCCAGGCUGUAACGUCGCCCCCGUUAGGUAAAUUAUUCUGAUUCGAUUUUUUUGCACAAACUUACUCAAACAAAUACAUCCCUAUAACAAAUACACAGUGUCAGGCGGUACCGCGGUCGAAAAAUUGUUUAACCAAUUUUUAUUAACCAAAUUCACAAAAAUAAUUCUUAUCUACUCCUCAUAUUAUGUAUAAGUUUUUAUUGUGUGAAAAUUGUAAAUAUAGAUAGCAGUACAUGAAGGGUUUAAAGUGUGCCUGAAGUAAUAAUGUAUUUUAAAUGGGAUUUACUUUUUCGCACUGUUUUUUAGCACACUUUCAUAUAAUCAAAUAUCCUUAACUUUCGCCUGGUUAUGGUGAUGACAUGUGAGCAAUAAAUUACAAAAAAAGUUUUGACAGAUUUGUGGUUUGACAGAAGUUUGAAUUUUUAAAUGUCAAAGUUCUGAAAAAUUGUAAAAUAGGAAUGUAUUCCAGUGACGAAGAGUUGCAGUUUUUUUUAUUUGUUUUUUGAUAGAUAAAAUAUUGUAUGAAACUGUGCGUGAAGUACUUUUUGCGCACUUAGGCGAUGUAUAGCACUCGGCCCGCUCGUGCUCUAAACAUCGCGUGCGUGCGCAAAAAGCAUACUUCACGAACUGUUUUAUAAAUAACUAAGUAUUUCACUCCGGACAAAUUUUUUUAGAUUACUUUUGUCAUUCGGAGCAAAAAAGGUCUCUUGUGAUUUUUCUCUAAAAUUGAUAGUUUUUGAGUUAUACCCGAUUUAAAAUUUGAAAAAUGCGAAAUGACCAUUUUAAGGCUUAAUAACUCGAUUAAAAACUAUUAUUAUAAAAGUCACCUAAUCAAAGUUUAAAGCCUCCCCUACAAGAUCCUGAAGAAAUUUUUGUCAUUAUUUUAUUACUAAGCUGUUAUUUUUAAUUAUCAACAAUGAGCGCUAAAAGCGUAUUGAGGCGGCCGUCAAUGUGAGUGCGAGUAAGAUCCUCCAUUCCGACCGUUCAAUGGUCCAUCUCAGUCGCACUCACAUUGACAGCCGCCUCAAUACGCUCCUAGCGCUCAUUGUUAAUAAUUAAAAAUAACAGCUUAGUAAUACAAUAAUGACAAAUAUUUCUUCAGUACCUUGUAGGAGGGUCGUUAAAAUUUGAUUUGGUGACUUUCUGACUUUUAUAAUAAUUUUUGAGUUAUUAAUAUUAAGCCUUGAAAAUGGUCAUUUUCGCAUUUUUCAAAUUUUAAAUCGCGUAUAACUGGAGAACAAUAAAUUUUACAGAAAAAUCACAAAAGACCUCUUUUGCUCCGAAUGAUCCAAAAAAAUGAUGUAAAAAAAAUGUCCCGAAGUGAAUUUUUUUUGUGAAUUUGCUUAAAAAAAACGAUUACGGUACCACCUGACGCCAUGUGGAUUCGAUAUAAGGACCUCUUUUUGAGUAAGUUUGUGCAAAAAAAAAUAACUGGAAUAAUUUACCUAACGGGGGCGACGAUACGGCCUGGACUGUAAAUAUCACGAUUUGAACAUAAUAUACAAUAACAUUUAAUUUAUAGAAUCGGUUGUUUGUGUGAAUCAACUUUUACUAAAUGGCAUUGGGAAGAGUAUACUUUAACUAGUUGGAGUCUACUUUUACUAGUAAAUGUUGAAUAAAAAUCUUCAUUUUAUAUUUAUAAUCAACUUUUACUAAAACCAGCCGUUUGAGUCGACUCGAACUAGGAAAAGUCAACUCCAACUGGAUAAUCAACUUGAACUGUAACAUAUACACCAAAUUCCCAUCUCCUCGUUUCGAAGUAAAUGCUUCUUAUGGCUUAUUAAAAUCUAACUAUACGCUGUGAGCUCGUACAUAGAGGGGAUAUUUACAAAUUCGCGAGCGCCAGUAGUGGCAAGUCUGUAAACGUUUACCGGAAAUUUGACAUAAAUGUCAAAGUGAUUAAUUUAAAAUUAAAAUUAAAAACAUUAAUUAUAAAAAAUAUUAGUUGGUCAAAGCUGUGGUAUAUAUUUUUACCUUAAAUAUACUUACGUUUUAAAUACUGAG